GGGAGUGCGGAAAACUGCAAAGGAAGAAGGAAAGGUUGUUUCUGUGUGUCUUGGUGAGUGGCUGCGCUUUGCCGGCCAUCUCGUCGGAAUUUCAGUUAUUGAAUUUCCGAUCACCGGAUUCGAUCGAAUAUCGAAUCCCUAAUUGUGCGAUAUUUGUUUGUUUUAUCAAUUGAAAUUGAAUAGGCAUUCAAUCUUGAGUGGAGGUGAUGGAGAUGGAAGAUUACGCGAGCAGUGAUGAGGAUUACCAUUACGACUCCGAUCAAGAUGACUCCGUCGAGGCCUACGAAAACGACGAGGAUUACGCGUUGCUCUCCUCCAAGGGUCCCACAACCAAGGUGAUUACAAAGGAAUCACUUUUGGUUGCACAGAAGGAGGAUUUGCGCAGAGUAAUGGAGAUGCUAUCGGUAAGAGAGCAACACGCUCGUACACUGCUAAUUUAUCAUCGUUGGGAUGUGGAGAAGUUGUUUGCAGUAUAUGUAGACAAGGGGAAAGCAUUUCUCUUUGGUGAGGCUGGUGUUACUGUGGAUGAACAUCCCGACUCUGACUCAUCCGUUCCUUCUACAGUAAUGUGCUAUAUCUGCAUGGAGGAUGUUGCUAGGGUCGAAACAACAAGAAUGGAUUGUGGUCAUUGCUUUUGCAACUCCUGUUGGAUUGAGCAUUUUAUUGUUAAAAUAAAUGAGGGUCAAAGUAAACGUAUUAGAUGCAUGCAACACAAGUGCAAUUCCAUAUGUGAUGAAGCUGUGGUUAGAACACUACUCAAUAGAAAGCACCCUGAUAUGGCAGAGAAAUAUGAACGAUUUCUUCUUGAAUCUUACAUUGAAGACAAUAAAAGAGUUAAAUGGUGUCCCAGUACACCUCAUUGUGGGAAUGCAAUACGGGUUGAGGAUGAUGAAUUGUGUGAGGUAGAAUGUUCAUGUGGUUUACAGUUUUGUUUUAGGUGCUUGUCAGAAGCACACUCACCUUGUUCAUGCCUGAUGUGGGAGCUUUGGGCUAAGAAGUGUCGAGAUGAGUCAGAAACUGUUAAUUGGAUAACCGUUCAUACAAAACCAUGCCCAAAGUGUCACAAACCAGUGGAGAAGAACGGUGGUUGUAACUUGGUUAGCUGUAUCUGUGGUCAAGCAUUUUGUUGGUUGUGCGGUGGAGCUACUGGCCGAGAGCAUACUUGGUCAAGUAUAGCUGGUCAUAGCUGUGGUCGCUACAAAGAGCAAGAAAAAACGGCAGAACGUGCAAAGAGGGAUCUAUAUCGGUAUAUGCAUUAUCAUAACCGAUAUAAAGCUCACACAGACUCCUUUAAGAUAGAAAGCAAACUGAAAGAAACUAUACAAGGGAAGAUUGCCAUUUCAGAAGAAAAAGAUUCUACACUCAGAGAUUAUAGCUGGGUAAAUAAUGGUCUCUCCAGACUUUUCAGAUCUAGGAGAGUCCUAUCCUAUUCAUAUGCUUUUGCAUUUUAUAUGUUUGGAGAUGAGCUUUUUAAGGAAGAAAUGACAGAAGCUCAAAGGGAAAUAAAACAGAACUUAUUUGAGGAUCAACAGCAGCAGCUCGAGGCAAAUGUUGAAAAGCUCUCUAAAAUUUUGGAGGAGCCUUUUGAAACCUUUUCAGAUGAUAAGGUUGUGGAGAUAAGAAUGCAGAUUCUCAACCUCUCAACAAUUAUUGAUAAGCUUUGUCAAAAAAUGUAUGAGUGCAUCGAGAAUGAUUUGUUGGGUUCUCUCCAUCUUGGCAUUCAUAGUAUCGCUCCAUACAAGUCAAAGGGCAUCGAGAGGGCUUCAGAACUUUCAGUUUGCUGGAACAACAAAUUAAAUACUGGUGUAACAGCAGAACUUGAUCGGCCUUCUGGAUCAGGGAGUUCAGAUGAUAAUGGAUGCUCUUCUCGUAAACGUGCUAGAAAAGAUGGUGUUGGAGGUGGUUUUUUUGAUCUAAACUUGCCAGCAGAGUUUGUAGACAGAAAUUGACUUUGAAGAAGGACACCUUAUAUACGUACAGGCGUACAGGUCUAACAUAAAUUGCUUUGCUGCUUUUGGAAGGAAUCAAUCUUUUUUGGAUUUCUCACCCCAUUCGCAUUCACCCAUGUCUCUCUACUCUACUCUACUCUACUGAGAUAUAUGUUUCUAAAGUUUAUUGCCAUCUCUAUCUUUCUGUCUGAAAUCCUAGCGCUGUAUAUAGAUAGCCUUGGUGCAUUUAUUUGCUAGUAGUUUUAUGUAAAUGGCUGGCUACCUGGGUUUCUAGCAACACCUUUCAGGACAACUUCUAGGUUCCUUUUAUUCCUAUCUUUAUCUUAUCAAGUCAUAGGUGGAGGUAACUUCACUCAUUUUUUUUGUUUUAAUUUCACCUUUCAAACACUAUACUUCUAUUAACGUCGAUGCUCUACUUUUUAA